AAGGGAUGAUAAAGUGCCAUUGACUCCCACCAAACACAUCAACUAUUCCAGUUCCACUGGAUUUUUGUGUUUUUGACAGAAAACGCCACCUAACCUCCCUUAUUCAGUCACCUUCACCUAACCUCAUACACUAAAAAUUUGACAAUCCAAAAAGAUUUCACCUUUUUCAAUUUGAGCUUCCCCUCUUCCUCUCUCCUCCAUUGAAGCAGCUUCCGAGUUAGCAAUCUUGAAUCUUCAAAUGGGGGAAUACAUGGGAAGAAAUCCGACAUUGAUAUGUGUACCCAUUAUGAAUGAUACCCCGGAUCAAAUGUUGGUUCAAGUUAACAAAGCUAAGGAACAAGGUGCUGAUUUGGUAGAGCUUCGAUUAGAUUUUUUGAAGAAUUUCAACCCAGAUCAUGAUCUUCAGCUUUUGAUUAAAAACAGUUCAUUGCCUACUUUGAUCACUUUCAGACCUACAUGGGAAGGUGGUCAGUAUGAUGGUGAUGAAAGCAAGCGAAGGAGUGCGUUGUACAGAGCCAUGGAACUAGGAGCUGACUAUAUAGAUGUCGAGCUUAAGGUAGCAGAUGAGUUCUUUGACUCUUUUGGUGGAAAGAAGCCUACAAGAACCGCAAUUAUUGUUUCCUCUCAUAACUAUCAAAGCACACCAUCAGUUGAAGAGAUAGGAAAUCUUGUAUCAAGGAUACAAGCAACUGGAGCUGACAUUGUAAAGAUUGCAACAACCGCUACAGAUAUUACAGAUUGUGCACGUAUUCUUCAAGUACUUACACAUUCUCAGGUUCCAAUGAUCGGGCUUGUUAUGCGCGAGAAAGGAUUGAUGUCAAGGAUACUUUGUGCCAAAUUUGGUGGAUAUCUUACUUUUGGUACCCUUGAGGAAGGAGCAAUUUCAGCUCCUGGCCAACCUACUAUAAAAGACCUCUUGGAUUUGUAUAAUUUCAGACGUAUAGGGCCUGAUACUAAAGUAUUUGGAGUCGUUGGGAAUCCUGUUGGCCAUAGUAAGAGUCCGCAUAUGUUUAAUGCAGCAUUUAAGUCUGUCGGCUUCGAUGGAAUCUAUUUGCCUUUGCUGGUGGACAGUUUACCUAACUUUUUGAAGACCUAUUCGUCUACUGAUUUUGUUGGAUACAGUGUCACAAUACCUCACAAGAUGGCUGCACUUGAGUGCUCUGAAGAGGUUGAUCCCAUAGCCAAGGCAAUUGAAGCCGUGAAUUGCUUGGUUAAAAGACCAAGCGAUGGGAAAUUGGCUGGUUACAAUUUUGAUUAUGUGGGAGCUAUUGAAGCUAUUGAAGAAGGAUUACAAGAAGGUGGAAGUAUUGCACCAAGAUCACCCUUGGCAGAUAAAGUUUUUGUUGUUAUUGGAGCUGGUGGUGCAGGAAAGGCACUUGCCUAUGGUGGAAAAGCUAAAGGAGCUAAGGUGGUCAUAGCUAAUCGCACACUUGCAAGUGCUGUGGAUUUAGCUAGUAACGUUAGAGGAAAAGCUAUCAGUCUUGACGAACUAGAUGACUUUGCUCCAGAAGAAGGGAUGAUUCUUGUAAAUACUACAUCUGUUGGAAUGAAACCAAAAAUAGCCGAAACACCUAUUUCUAAGAAAGCUUUGAAGAACUAUGCUCUUGUUUUUGAUGCGGUUUAUACACCAAAAUUAACGAGACUCCUUAAAGAAGCUCAAGAAACAGGAGCCGUUAUUGUAUAUGGAACAGAAAUGCUUGCUAAUCAAGCCUUCAGACAGUAUGAAAAGUUCACUGGUUUGCCAGCCCCAAAGGAACUAAUGAAGGAAGUCCUGUCAAAGAGCACGCAAUGACGGAAUUAUUAGGUAUUUUCAUUAUAUUUCCAAGUGAUUCUUUUGUACCAAAUUGUGUAAUUUAUUAUGUAAGCACGGAGAACCUGUAAACAUUUUUUUAAUCAAAUGGCACGAGGCUACAAAACUGGAGGCUGCUUUUGUAGAGCAAAGCCGUUAAUAGAGGGCCUAUAGGCCAAUGUAUCUUAUUUUUACAGGGGGCCAAUGCUCUUGGUUUAUCCCCUUGUUUCUGUUCCUGCUUUUCCCUCCAGUAUAGAAUAAAUCAUGUAUCAUUAUAUUCCCUGCAAUGGUGAGAAGGUUCCGGGAGCAACUUACUGGGCAUCACACAGUUUUUCAUUAAACCUGUAUUACUGUUGACAGUGACAUUUUUAAGGCCGCUUGCUCUCUAGUUAGCAUUUGUGGUUUGGAAGUAAUCAGAAACUAUGGGUCAUAUAA